AUGUACCACCAGAUGCUACGUCAAUCUCUUCACGUCCAGGCAAGCGCCUUUGCUACGAAAGUAGUUGCACUCGCUCCCAAGCCGGUCAUGCUUUCACGCUACUUCUCAGCCAAAAACGUUCCCGUGAAGCAGACCAAUCUACUGAUUAAUGGCCAAUUUGUGCCGUCAAUCUCGGGCAAGACCUUCAAGACAUUUAACCCUGCUACAGAAGAAAAGAUUGCCGACGUCGCUGAGGCUGACAAAGCCGAUAUUGACGCUGCGGUGGCUGCUGCUCGCGCAGCAUUCAACGGCCCGUGGCGCACCAUGUCCGCUGCGGAUCGUGGUCGUCUUAUUUACAAGCUUGCCGACCUCAUCGAAGAAAAUAUUGACGAGCUUGCUGCCCUCGAAGCGCUCGAUAAUGGCAAACCAUGUGCUGAGGCUAAGACUGCUGAUCUUGGUCUUGUGCUCAAGACUUACCGUUACUACGCUGGAUGGGCCGACAAGAUUCAUGGCACCGUUAUCCCAAUUACGGGACCUUAUUUUUGCUACAACAAGCCCGAACCUGUCGGUGUGUGCGCACAAAUCAUCCCGUGGAAUUUUCCACUGUUGAUGAUGUCGUGGAAGCUUGGCCCAGCUCUUGCGGCUGGUAACACCAUUGUGCUAAAACCUGCUGAGCAGACACCGCUAUCUGCUCUCCGCGUCGGAGCACUCAUUGUAGAGGCUGGGUUCCCUAAGGGUGUGAUCAACAUUAUUUCGGGUGCGGGUGCUACUGCUGGCUGCCACCUCGCGCAGCAUCCCGAUGUCGACAAGGUCGCUUUCACAGGUUCCACUGAGGUUGGCUAUCAGAUCAUGCGCACAUCGCACGUGAGCAAUAUUAAGCGUGUCACGCUUGAGCUUGGUGGCAAGUCGGCCAAUAUCAUCCUGGACGAUGCCGACAUCGACUUGGCCAUCCAGCAAUCACAGCUCGGUCUAUUCCUGAAUCAGGGCCAGUGCUGCAUUGCCGGCACGCGUGUGUACGUGCAAGAAGGCAUUUACGAUGAGUUUGUAAGACGAUCGGUGGAGGCUGCUAAGUCUCGUGUCGUAGGCGACCCAUUCUCCUCCGCCACGGAGCAGGGAGCUCAAAUUGAUAAAAGUCAGUUUGAGAAGAUACUCAGUUACAUCGACAAGGGUGUGAAGGAGGGCGCUCGCUUGCUAACUGGUGGCAAGCGCCAUGGUGAUAAGGGCUGGUUCAUCCAGCCUACGGUAUUUGUGGAUGUAACGGAUGACAUGGCUAUUGCUCGUGAGGAGAUCUUUGGUCCUGUUAUGCCUAUUCUCAAAUUUAAGACCAUCGACGAAGUUAUUAAGCGUGCCAACGACUCCGCCUAUGGACUUGGUGCUGGUAUUGUGACUAAGAAUGUUGACCAUGCAAUUAAAAUCUCUAAUGGCAUUCGCACGGGUACAGUGUAUGUCAACUGCUACGAUGUUUUCGAUGCAAAUGCCCCGUUUGGCGGCUUCAAGGACUCGGGCAUUGGGCGAGAGAACGGAGAACUGGGGCUGCACAAUUACUUGGAACACAAGACUGUGAUAAUCAAGCGACCGGAAGACUCGAUGCCUUGA